AUGGCACCCAAAGCUACCAAGACUCCCACCACAGGUGGCAAAGCGCCUGCCGGUAAAGCUCCCGCCGAGAAGAAGGAAGCUGGCAAAAAGACGGCCGCUCCAUCGGGCGAAAAGAAGAAGCGCACCAAGACCAGAAAGGAAACUUAUUCGUCCUACAUCUACAAAGUUCUCAAACAGGUUCACCCCGAUACUGGUAUUUCGAACCGCGCGAUGUCCAUUCUCAACUCAUUCGUCAACGAUAUCUUCGAGCGCGUUGCUACCGAAGCCUCUAAGCUCGCUGCAUAUAAUAAGAAGUCAACGAUCUCGUCGCGUGAAAUCCAGACCUCUGUACGGUUGAUUCUGCCCGGUGAAUUAGCCAAACACGCUGUCUCUGAGGGUACCAAAGCAGUCACCAAGUACUCGUCAUCCACGAAAUAG